UUAGCUCUGCAGAGCACUGACACAUUCAGAGCAGCUGCCCUGUACCUGCUGGAAAAAGUUUAUCCAGUACGUUGAUCCAUCAUGAAACUCUCUGCCAUCAUUCCACUGUGGGCUCUCCUCUCACUCACCCAGCAGGCACCUCCACGCGAAAAGUGUUCCUGUGAGCUGAGUCUUGAAGAAAAGCCAUUCCCUCAUGACAAACUCCAAACAGUGGAAGGCAAUGCAACAGACUGCAAAACCCAUGUCACACCAGAGAAGGCUCUGGAGCUGGAAAGUCUGCUGUUGGGACUGGAGAAACGUCUCACCCAGCUGCACAAUGACAUGACCAUCCUGGAGAACGAGGAUGAUGGGGAGCUGUAUGGAGUUCUCAGUCUGUUUGUUAUAGAAAACGAAAUGGUUGCGAUCAGGCACCUGAUGGACAAGCUCAACAGAACCACUCUGGAAUACCAAGUCCUCACUGCUGACACCAUUCAACAGCUGGAGGACUUGAAAUUUGAAAUGAUCAAACUGGAGAAAUUUGACACGAUGAAGGUGGUAAUGGGACGAAGAGUCAACAGGCACCUGGAGAGUGCCCUGGAAACAUGCAUGAGUGGUGUUAAUAGCACUGUCGCACCCACCCAGGAACUAUAUGGUACGUGUGAACGAGGUCCGCUCCGGAAUAUCACUGGGCCUGUUAUCAACACACAAGGAGAGUUCUCUGGAAGUUAUGCUUAUGGGGCUUGGGGUCGAGAUCCCAAACCAGAGGCGGGAAAGGAGAGAUGGUACUGGAUGGUACCAUUGACCACUAGCCAGUACGGCCACUAUGUCCGUUUCUACUCCAGUCUUAACGCUCUCAUCAUCGGGGUGAGCAAUCCAGGUAACAUCCAGAUUUCUCCUUCUAACCCAACAACCAACACCAUUCAGGGUCCCAAUAAUGUUCUGUAUGGAGGUGCUCUGUACUACAACUGUUACAACCAAGAUGCUGUUUGUCGAUUCAACCUCACCACCAAAACUGUGACCAACGUAAAACUACCCAAAGGAACCAGGUAUAACUCAAAGAGUAAUUUCUGCCACCUUGAGACCUGCUUCCUUCUCACCGACCUGGACCUGAUCACCGACGAGUCAGGCGUCUGGGUGGUCUACACCACCACACAGGCUUUAGGCAAUCUGGUUCUGUCCAAGGUAGAGGAGACUGAGCCGCCGAGCCUCGGUAAAACAUGGACCACUUCGGUCUACAAGCGAAGUGUGUCCAACACCUUCAUGGCCUGCGGUGUCCUCUAUGCAACACGAUACAUCAACACAAACAUGGAGGAAGUGUUUUACUCUUUUGACACUACGACAGGGAUGGAGAACUUCAAGGUUGGCAUCUUCAUAAACAAGGUGUCUCCAAACAUUUAUUCCUUGAACUACAGCCCGGUGGACCAGAUGCUCUAUGUAUACAGUGAUGCUAAGAUGGUCUCCUACAAGGCUCUGUUUGGGUACUCUGAUCUUUAUUCUUCACAGGAGUGACAAUUAGAGAUGCCCAUUUUUAUAAUCAGUUAAUAUCAGAUAAUAUCAGUAUGGUUUCAAUUAAUGUUCAAACGUUCUUCUUUUUCCAGUUAAUCAAUCUAAAUUUACCUUACCUUUCUGUUCUGUUCUUAUUUUUGUUUAGCAAGUAGUAUAUAAAAAAAAGCAGCUUAAUACAACAACUUUCCUUUGAAAUACAGCAUGUGCACAUCCACUUAAACAUGGAUUUAGUGUUACUAUUGUAACAUGGCUACAGAUGAUGUCAAAGUUGAUUGUGGAAAUUCAAAAAUCAAAUUACUGAGCUUCAAAUGUACACUGGAUUGUGAUGAAUAAACAAAAUCGUUUUUGUUCCUCCUUGUUCAUGAUAGUCAAAAGUUAUUAGCAUUUGAUACAUCAAUUAACCACAAGGCGUCUUGGUAGUCCUUGGUAGUAUGUAAUUUAUGGAAGACUCUCCUUUCCUACCAUCUUAUGAACAUUUGUAAAAGAUUUGUUGCUGGAGGAACCUCUGCUGUGCUGGGUGUUAUUCACUAUUACC